CAAAGACAAAGUUUACCGCCAGCGGCGCAAGUAUUUUGUGGAGGUGGCCAUGAAGUACAAGUUCGGUCAGCCCAUCCCCCGCAUCGAGUACACCCCGGAGGAGGUGCGCACGUGGGGGGUGGUCUUCAAGGAGCUAAACAAGCUGUACCCCACUCACGCCUGCAAAGAGUACCUGAAGAACCUGCCCCUGCUCAGCCAGCAGUGCGGCUACCGACACGACAACAUCCCCCAGCUGGAGGACGUCUCGCACUUUCUCAGAGAGAGGUCGGGUUUCACCGUCCGGCCGGUCGCAGGCUACCUGUCGCCCCGGGACUUCCUGGCGGGUUUGGCCUACCGAGUCUUCAACUGUACGCAAUAUGUCCGCCACAGCACUGACCCGCUCUACACGCCUGAACCGGACACGUGUCACGAGCUCCUGGGUCACGUCCCUCUGCUGGCCAAUCCAAAGUUUGCUCAGUUUUCUCAGGAGAUCGGUCUGGCGUCUUUGGGAGCUUCAGAUGACGACGUGCAGAAACUGGCCACGUGUUACUUCUUCACUAUCGAGUUUGGCCUCUGCAAGCAAGAAGGCCAGCUGAGAGCCUACGGUGCCGGCUUGCUGUCUUCCAUCGGAGAACUCAAGCACGCCUUGUCCGAUCAGGCCUGCGUGCGGCCCUUUGACCCCAAAACCACCUGCAAGCAAGAAUGUCUCAUCACCACAUUCCAGGACGUUUACUUUGUCUCUGACACCUUUGACGAGGCCAAGCAAAAGAUGCGAGAGUUUGCCAAGACCAUCAAGCGACCGUUCUCGGUUUACUACAACCCAUACACGCAGAGCGUGGACCUCCUGAAAGACACGCGGACCAUCGAGAACGUGGUGCAGGACCUCCGCAGCGAUCUGACCACCGUGUGCGACGCUCUCGGCAAGAUGAACACCUACAUGGGCAUCUGACCGUGCACCUCCAGAGCCCUUCGCCGCCAUCCAGUUCAAUCCGACUAGCUUUCUUAGCAGUAAUUCCAGAAGACAAAAAGAUCUUGUAUGCCGCAUGACGUAAAAAGCUUUCAGUAUAUAUUUAGACGGGGGCGAGUCAAGUGUAAACAACACAGCUGCAUUGCAUUUCAUACUGUAUAUGUA